AUGUCCGCUGAAUCUACUCCACGCCCAACCGGGCCCCAGAUCUCGAAGUCGUUCUCCCGCAUGGAGGACGCAUCACCCAAUUCGUUUCCUCGGAACCGUGCAAAAACAGUUCACGGGAUUGUAACGCAGGAGGUAGCCCCAGAGAAUUCUCCUCUUAUGUAUAUGGACCCGGACUCUGUAGAUGGGGAAGCGGACCUCUUUGCGAAAACAGAAUCCCUGGGGUCAGACGAGGCUUUCCUACUGGAAAAGUCCGAUCCCAAUUAUUUGCAAUUGCAAUACAUGACAGACCACUUUGAGCUCCCUAUAGAGCUAGUUAGUUUGACUGAUAGGUUUAUUGCCUCUCUCAGCGCGAAAGUGUACUCUACCCCACCCUCUAUAGAUAGACUUUCAGACCUCUUUCAAGACUUUUAUGUGCGUGCCGCUGCACAUAUAUCGACCCACAUUUCGACUCUAGCCUCCCGUCUGAACCGCCAGCCGUUACCUUCUCCUUCACAGACUCAGAUUUCCGGAAAGGCUCAACGAGAUCCCUUGUCAAGUUCGCCCGGUCAUAAAGACAGCCAAAAGGGCUCUGAAAAACUUACUACUGACCAGCAAAUGCUGACUGCGGAGGAGGUGGCGGAAAAGCGGAGAGCCCGCAAGAUUUUGCAGUACAAGGGCCAUGCCCUCGAGGAAGCGGUCGAGCGACGGGCGUGCGAGGCUGUAUACGAGAAGAUCUGGCGGCACAAAAAUUCUUUGGAUGAAGUCAGAGAUGAGAAGCUGCGUUCCAAAACAGCGACAUUAGCACUUGUUGGUAUUGGACUGAAGGACCUAGGAAUCGAGACUUGGGAUCUGAACGAAGAAGGCUCUGAGCCGUCAAAAUUCCUAAGUUCUGCCCGAGAAAGCUUAAUUAAGAUGAACGACGAAAAAUUCCCGUUAGGCAAACUCCAUCAUCUGACUGCUGCCCACAAGGCUAUUGUUGAUACACUGACAAUAGUUCUUCCAUCAUCCUCCUCCGCUGAUGAAAUCCUACCGACCUUGAUAUACACCCUAAUAACCACACCCGCAGAAGGCAUCAACAUCAUUAGUAACCUGCUGUUCAUUCAGCGCUUUAGAGCGUCUAGUAGACUCGAUGGUGAAGCGGCAUACUGCCUGACUAACCUAGAAGCAGCCAUUAGUUUUCUAGAGAAUGUGGACUUAAACAGCUUACAAACAGACCGGACAGAAAAUAGCAUGGCAAACUCUCCUAGGAGUGUUUCUAAUCCUGCAUCUUUGCGACCUGAUGCGCCAACAACUAAAAGCUCUGCUACCGUUUUGGGUUCUUCGGCGUCCUCUGAAACGUUAUCUGAAAUUGGACAAUCAGACCCAGGGUGGCGCUUGGCAUCAAAUGAAGGCAUACCAAAGCCUCGUGCAGCUGAUCCUUCGCCACAGCGACGUCUAACUGACCUCCUUCAACCUUCAGCUAAAGUGCUUGGUGCCGCCAAUGAUGCUGUUCGAAACACAGCUGAUCAGGGGUUCAAAAAUAUCAGCAGCACACUCGAUCAUAGCUUCAACUUCCUCUUUGGCCGCUUGAGGGAAGUUCAAAUUAAACAAAGUGGGGAGCCAAAUGGGAUGUCUACGAUUUUGCCAAAAACACUAGAUGACGCUCGACGGUUGGUUACCACCUCGCCAAUCAUCGACGACGAGAACGAUCGCAAUAUGAAGGCGGAAGAUAGACUCAUCGGGCUUAUCGGGGGCCGAAAAACAUCCAGACAAAACAGCGCUGGUAGUUCAGGGAACAGCGGCAGUGGAUUAAAGGCCGUUGCAACCAGUGCAGAAACUUCUGCUCCGACUGCAGCUAGUUCCGGGUCUAUUUUCUCCAACCCCGCACACCAAAUAACACAGACUCCGCCAUUUGGCUCAAUGAAGAGUUUCGGCAAUACCCUAAACCCCUUAAACCACAUUCCAGGUAUGAUCCGCGGGUUCGGACGAAGCACACCAGACCCAUCUCUGGACACCGUAUUAUCCACAGACAACUCGAAACCAUCGGACUCCAUAUCCAGCCGUUCCAGCACUCCCAUACCACACAAGAACACCACGAGCACGAGCAUCAACGCCACCGAAUUUAAACCUCCAAUCAAGCGGUUCUUGGAAAUGCCAGAUGCUGGAGAUCUUAAGAUGAGCGAUAUCCCUGAGCUGCUGGAGGAUUAUAAGCGGCUUGCGCUGUUUUUGAAGGAACACGGGACUUCCCAAUAA